AUGAAGAAGGCUGGCUCUCCUGCUUAUGACAUACUCUGGGAAUUAACUUGUCACUAUCAAAUAGCGAUAGCCAAGAUUGAAGUAAAGAGUAAGAAGGCAGCUCGAGUCAGUUUAAAACAGUUCGCUGACUAUUUGUUUCAGAAUCUCGAGAGCCCGACCGGUGAAGCUGUCUGCGAAUCACCGAUUCUGACCCCUUCUGACGUUAACAGGCUGAUUACGAAAAUUAAUGCCCAGUCUUAUAGAACUGAGUCAUCUGAAGGUGGUUUUCUUAAGGGCACUAAAUUCAGCACUUUCUUAUGGCAAGCCACCAAGAGAAUGAAGCCUGCGACUCUUCUUUCUGGUUAUCUGGCCAUAUGGCUAAAGAAAUGUGUAGUGCCGCAUCAGUCUUCCGAGGCGCUUCCUCUUGAGGUUCUUCUUCCCGCCGUGCAACUAACCGUUGGAGUUCUCCAUCGAGCGGAUAUGAUGUCAGCACCUGACGCGUCUGAUCCAGACAUCCCCUUGUUGCAGCUCUUAGAGGGAUGUAAGUGGUUAUAUCCUUCCCGACCGUGGGCUGACCGGGUGAGGCAAUUCAAGAAUGCCAAGUGCUGGGAAUUUUAUAAGUGUUUCCCUCAGUUUUCUGGUGCCUAUAAUGACACUCUUGUUGACGAGGAGAUGCCUGGGGCUGACAGGACCUCUCUCGACAUGGGUAGUUUCCACUGGCUCAUGAACAUUCGCCCAGGCUAUAAUGUCUUCCGGUCGAAGAACCUUUGCAGGAUCGAGCCUUACUUUCCUUGCCGUUUUGCGCGACAAUUCGGCUACGAUCAACUGUACGUCGGGAACCCCAACAGAUGGUUGAUAACCUGCGGGAGCCUCAUUGAUGGAGUACGAGCCUGGUUCUGGAAUGUUGCCGGCUGUACCGGAGCUCAGUUUAGUCUGCCUGUCGCUGAGCCUGGCCUUCAUUUAACUUUCCUCUACUGUCGGUGGGUUUUAGCCGCCAACACUCCUCUUGCAAAGAAGAAGCUUGCUUUGUUCGAGUCUUAUAUUCCGGAGACCAAUACCUUUCUUACCAAGUAUGGGGAAUUAGGGCUUCCGCUCCACGAAAUGAUGAAGGUAUCCGGAUUGCCAUUGGGGAAUACUCCUUACCAAGAAUAUUUUCCUAAUAAUCGUCAGUUGAUGAAAAUGAAGAAGGCCUGCUCUCCUGCUUAUGACAUCCUCUGGGAGUUAACUUGUCAUUAUCAGAUAGCGAUAGCCAAGAUUGAAGUGAAGAGUAAGAAGGCGGCUCGAGUCAGUUUAAAACAGUUCGCCGACUACCUAUUUCAGAACCUUGAGAGCCCGACCGGUGAAGAAGUCUGUGAAUCACCGAUUCUGACCCCUUCUGACGUCAACCAGCUAAUCACGAAGAUUAAUGCUCAGUCUUACAGAACUGAGUCAUCUGAAGGUGGUUUUCUUAAGGGCACCAAGUUCAACACUUUCUUGUGGCAAGCCACAAAGAGAAUGAAGCCUGCAACUCUUCUUUCCGGUUAUCUGGCCAUUUGGCUAAAGAGAUGUGUAGUGCCGCAUCAGUCUUCUGAGGCGCUUCCUCUUGAAGUUCUCUUUCCCGCCGUGCAACUAGUUGUCAGAGGCAGGUUAUCUCUUCUUUCUGCUAUGAUUGCUGACCUCCAUAGCGGUUUGCGUAACCUAGCCAACACCUUUACCAAAGUGGGUGCCGAGCCUUCAACUAAGAUUCCUUUGUCGAGCGUCGAAUUUCCGUACACCUAUUUGAUGGCGUGGCUAGUUCUCCAUCGAUCGGACAUGAUGUCAGCGCCUGAUGCGUCUGAUCCAGAAAUCCCCUUGCUGCAGCUCUUAGAAGGAUGUAAGUGGUUAUAUCCUUCCCGACCAUGGACUGACCGUGUGAGGCAAUUCAAGAAUGCCAAAUGCUGGGAAUUCUAUAAGUGUUUCCCUCGGUUUUCUGGUGCCUAUAAUGACACGCUUGUUGACGAGGAAAUGCCUGGGGCUAACAGGACCUCUCUCGAUACGGGUAGUUUUCAUUGGCUCAUGAACAUUCGCCCAGGCUAUAAUGUUUUUCGAUCGAAGAACAUUUGCAGGAUUGAGCCUUAUUUUCCUUGCCGUUUUGCGCGACAAUUCGGCUACGAUCAAUUGUAUAUCGGGAAUCCCAAUAAAUGGUUGAUAAACUGCGGAGGCCUUAUUGAUGGGGUACGUGCCUGGUUCUGGAAUGUUGCUGGCUGUACCGGAGCUCGAUUUAGUUUGCCUGUCGCUGAGCCUGGUCUUUACUUAACCUUCCUCUACUGCCGGUGGAUUUUAGCCGCCAAUACUCCUCUUGCGAAGAAGAAGCUCCACGAACUGGAAUCCGAGGCUGUAGUUCGGAGAAUUGUAUCAAAAAAAGGAAAGGAGCCCGCUACGUCUUCUCGUAAAGGAAAACAGGUAGCUGAUUCCGAAGAGAGCGACGACUUCGAGACAUCCAGCGAAGAGGAUGAGACCCGAGGCGACGCAGAGGGUGAUGUACCUUUGUCUCCCGUGGCUCACAGGACUCGUCGAGCUUCUUCGCCCAAAUUACCCGGUGCUCCUUCAAAAGGUAUACAAAUGAAGGAAAAGAACAUUCCCCUGUCGUCCUCCAACAAGAUGACCUUGAGAUGGCUUUCUCAGGAGGGAGAGGCAGAAGAAGAGGAAGAAGAGGUUGCCCCGCUUAUUAACAGGAAAAGAUCUCGGCUUACUGCUCCUUCUGAGGUUCAACCUCAGCCGACUCAAGGAACCGAAUUACGUACCAAGUUUCGACAUGAAAGCUCCGAGGUUCCUCGAGAUUCUCGUGCCUCGAAGAGGAUUAAAAAGACGGCUCAUCGGGAACGCCAACUUUCUCCGUUAUUUGAGGAGAAGUUUACUCAGGAUCUUCCAGUUGAUGAAAGGGUUGAAUCAGAAGAGGAAGGGGAAAUCGUGCCCAAGCCUUCUUCUCCGGGUUUAAUGGAUGUUGAUGAAUCUAGCUUCACUGAACAAGUGCACAAGGCUAUGAACGAGGAACCCCUUCAUAUGGACAUUGUUCCUCCUCCAGCCACCACAUCGACCUCGCCAACCGCAGAUACAGUUAAACUAAAGGAGGUGAGUGCGGGUAGUAGCGCUGCUAAUCCCGCAACUAUUGUUGAAGACAUCCCUGUCAACGAACCGAAAGACAUAGAACUUACCCAUGAUAUGGGUAUCGGAGAUUUCGAUGAGCGAGACUUCGAUCUUGACAUUUCUGAAGAUGUACACCAGGAGAUCUCCGAUAUACUAUCGACUCCGGUUCCAUCCGCUACUACAGGACCAACUACUCGAGUUGAUUCAGCUGAAGCAGAUGCAUCAAAAGACGUAGGACCAACUAACGAAGUUGAUGCGUCUACCGUCAUCGGUGAAUGUGAUCAACCUGAAGGUCUGGGUUUCUUACUUCUGGUAAGUCCCCCAGCUGAAGUUGAACCACCAGCCACUGCUCCUUCGACUUCUGCUAUUAUCGAAGCUGGACCUGUUGUGCCUUCCACUCCGACUCCAGUGGAUCAUGAAGUAGGAGGUUCGAAGGUUACGGUAGAAGAGCAACCUCCUGCUACUUCAGCUCAACUUGGUACGUCUUAUCUAAUUGUGCUUCACAGUUAG